UGACAGUAGUGACGUAGACGGAAGUAAAGUCGCAGGAAACAGCAACAAGCUAACAUGUCGAUUUCUCAAGCGAGACAAACUUUUUUAAAGCCGAUGGUUCCGUUCAGCUGGACCAUCCAGGGUGGACUUGUUCCUGGCGAGAUGGUUCUGAUCCAGGGGUCGCUUCCGUCAGGCGCAGACAGGUUCCAAGUGGACUUGACGUGCGGCAGCAGCGUGGCUCCAAGGGCCGACGUGGCUUUCCACAUGAACCCCAGACUGAAUAAGGGUUGCGUGGUGUGCAAUACGCUGCACCAGGAGCGAUGGGGUCACGAAGAAAUCCUUCCUCACAUGCCCUUCACGACCGACCAGUCCUUCGAGUUAGUCCUGCUUGUCCUAAAGGACCGCUUCAAGGUGGCAGUAAACGGAGCACACCUGUUGGACUAUGAGCAUCGACUUGCGCUGGAGCUCGUGGACACUUUGGCUGUUUCAGGAAAGGUCAAAGUUGAUGUCGUGGCCGUCAUGCUGCAUGCUUCAACAUCUUUCUCGACUGCAGAUGCUCCGACCAAUCAGCACGCAGCACUCGGUUCGAUGGUCGUCUUGUCAGGUGACAUGUGUGUUCCAUUCAAAGGGGAGCUGGUGGGCGGUUUCAGUGAGGGGCGCAGCAUCGCCAUCAGAGGACAAGCCAAUCAGAAGGCAAAGCGCUUUGCCAUCAACCUGCGAGUGAGCGACAGCGAAGACAUCGCACUGCACCUCAACCCUCGUUUCAAAGAGGAAGUGUUUGUCCGAAACUCUUUCCUGUCUGGUUGCUGGGGUGACGAGGAGCGCAAGCUUGCCUCCUUCCCAUUUGGACCGGGACAGUACUUUGAGAUCAUCAUCGUCUCUGAUGCUCAGCAGUUUCUUGUCGCCGUCAAUGGGAUCCACCAAGUGACUUACAAACAUCGAAUCCAGGACCUGCGAUGCAUCACACAGCUGGAAGUGAUUGGAGAUGUCAAACUGAUAGAUGCCAGGCUUAUGUGACACCAGCAUGCCAACAUGCUAAUCAUAUUCCGCUAAAAAUGUCAAACAGCCAUCAGUUGUCAUUCCAUUACCAAGAAAGAUACAUUUACCUAAAACAUAAAUACAUUUUAUUAAAAAAGAUAUUUACAAAUUACAAUAAAAAAAAAAGGACAAGUCCGUAAGCUGCAGAAAAGUGAGCGUGGCCACAUAAGCUGCAGAAAAGUGGGCGUGGUCAGAAGUCAGCAUCCAGCGUGAAGGUGUUGUCGGUGGUGGCGGCCAUGACACCCAUCCUCUGAUACUCGCCAACACGCUUCUCAAAGAAGUUGGUCUUUCCCUCCAGUGAGAUGUUUUCCAUGAAGUCGAAGGGGUUCUCCACACGAUACAUCUACAGACACACACAGAAAGUGAGCGUGAAAAGGUCGGAGAAGUAGAGCGCGAGUUGGGGGCGGAGCCUGGGUGAGCGUUCAGACAAGCGUCUUUUUCGUGUCGCCGCCCGUCCUCCAGUAGACCACAUGUCUUCUGGAGAAGCGAGCGCGGCAACACUCAGCCCCCAUGAGCGGCUGAGGUCCGUACCCCUGCGCUUCUCAUCAUCACGCAGCCACAUUCCG